CAGUAUCUUCAGAGAAGGAGAAAAGCCUAUUUCAAUGACGUCAACAGAAUAUGUUCAGCCACUUGAUAUGCCAGAUGACAGACUGGAUAAGCGAGAUUCACAGUGUAACCAUUUAGAAGAUCUUUCAGAGCAGCUGAUUAAGAGCUGUGACCUCAAAAAAACCCCAAGAAAAGGUAAAACCAUCCUAGCUUCCCAAAAUGCUGAACAGGAGCAAAAAAAGCCAAGGAGAAAAGAUACACCAGCUUUGCACACUCCACCACCUCUAACAGGCAUACUUUCAGACUUUUCUGAUAAUCUGCUGAAAAGGUAUGGUAUCACAGAGAAGCCACAGAGAGAGAGAGUGAGUCCAGUCUCUCAGAUCACUGAACUGGAGCAGAAAAAGCCCAGGAGAAAAGAUACACCUGCAGUACACAUCCCACCUUUGAUAAUGGGCACUAAGCUGUUUACAGAAGAACGAACAGUGAUUAUGGAAGACGAAGAAAAGGAUGGAGACACAAUCCACAGUAGACAGCUGAGGACCACACUAGUUUGGACUUCAUUUGCCACAGUGACUGACCCAGCAUCUUUCAUGAGAAUGCAGUCUAUUCACAAAUAUCGAGCUUCAAGAUGUAAUCAACAAGCUUAUAAUAAAUAAUUGCAUAUUAAAGUGUACAAGAGGCCUGCUAUAUUAUUAAUGGGAUGCCUGAUAACUAGGAGGUGUACUUGUUUUUAUCCUGUUAACCUAUCAGUGAGAUAAUAUUUAAAAUAUAAUCAAUAGUUCAUAUAACAACAGUAAUGUAAGGUACACAGUAAAGUAUGUCACAUCAAGUAUGUGAAAAAAAAUACAUAUGACUCAAGUCUAGCUUU